AUGUCUGAAAAGUCUCCGACUUCAACAAAUGGAAAAUAUCAAACUAAUACAAUUGACAAUGCUGGAACUCAAACAGCAGCAGUAGCAGCAGCGACACCAUCAUCAUUUCCACAACCACAUCAAUCUGAAACAUCGAAUACAGAUGUUAUUUUUAUAGCAGCAUAUGAAUCUGCAAAACUAAAUCGUGAUUGGCAUAAAGUAUCUAGUGCAUUAACAGCAAAUCCAGAUUGGUUAACAAGAGUUCCUGAUGGUCGUCAAUGGACAAUAUUACAUCAAAUAGUUUUUUCUGGUCAUGUCAAACAUUUGGAUGAAGUUCUUGCAUUACAAGUGAAUAAUGCUGGAUUUCGUCUUCUAUAUAAAGCACGGGAUGGUAAAACUGUACGUGAAGUUGCUACUGAACGUGCACAUAUUCAUCCUGGAAUGUUACGUCAUAUUGAACGACUUGUUGCUAUUGAUCAAUUAUUAAGUAAUGCUAAAGAUCGUAAAUGGGAAUUAGUAAAACAAUGUAUUACAAUACAACCGGAUAUUGUUAAUGAAAAACCACCAUAUCGGCGCUUUUAUUUAGCGCAUCAUUUGGCUUUUGUCGGAGAACUUAAUGUAUUUAAAGAUUUAACUAAAAUUUGUCAUUUUAAACUUGAUUUACUUGUUGGAAAUAAAACAGUUGCUCAAGUUGCUCGUGAGCAUAACAAAAUAGCAUUUGCUGAAUAUGUUGAAAGUCUUCAAACAGAAACAACUGAAGAUACAACUGAUGAUGAAUCAUUAACAGAUUCAUCCGGUAAACCACAUUAUAGUCCAGGUUUUUAUGAUGAUCCUUGUAUAUCAUUUAUUCCAGCAAAUCUUAAUUUAAAUAAUAUAUUUCCAUUGUCAAAUAAUUCAUCAACAUUUUCUAAUAAUUAUCAUCAUUAUCCCCAUCCUGCAACACAUAAUCAUCAUAAUGCAGGAAAUGAUCAUCAUUUUGCAACACAUAGUCUCUAUCAAGGUGAAAAUCCAACAGCAAUGCCAACGCCAAUGCCAAUGCCAACACCAAAAACAACAAAUAGUGUUCAAAAUUUAACAAAUGAUAAUUAUUUUACAACAAAAAGUAUGUAUCAGGGUACAUAUCCGACAACAACACAUAGUUCACAAAAUCAAACAAACAAUCAUCAAUUUACUACACACAGUAAUCAUCAAAGUCCAUAUCCAACAACAAUACAAAUGCCAAUGCCAUCACCAACAUAUACUCAACCUAGUACUACUUAUGGAAACAAUAAUAAUAAUGAUAAUAAAAAAUCUUAUAAACCAAAAUCAAAGAUCUCUGAAAAGACUAAUGAUGAACAAACUAAAUAUGAAGUAACAGCUCAGAAAAAUAUUAAGAACAUUUCUGAACAAAAUUUACUCAAUUCAAUUACUUGUUGUAUUACAAAAGCUAUAAUUCAUGAUCCAGUUGUGGCUGCUGAUGGUUUUACAUAUGAACGCGAGGCUAUUAUGAAAUGGUUCGAAACUUCCAAUCGUAGUCCAAUGACAAAUCAAGAACUCGAAAAUCUUGAAUUAAAACCAAAUUAUGCCGUUAAAUCAAUUCUACAGGCGCUUCAAGGUGCUAAUUCCUUGCCUACAAAACCCGACAAAAAAUGA